UGAUACACAACAAGGGGAGUAGUGGCGUUGCAAACAGAAGCUGAACUCGUACCUAGCAACGCAGGUGGAACAAUGGGGACAAUGGAAACUGGAGAGUCUGUUCGCAAGCGAGAUCGUGGAGGAGAUGGGGGUGGUGAGGAGGAACGCUGUCGUCUACGGCCAAGCACAGACAAAGAUGAGAGGGGGGUGCAUUGGGCAAGAUUUCGGAGCAACGGGCGUCAGUGUCGAAGAGAUUGUGAUGAUCUUUGCAUUGGAGCUGCAGGACAGGAUGCUGUAGCAAUAAAAACUGAAGUAGGGGGAAUUACAGUUAGGGAAACUGCUGUACUGAAAACUGCAGCAGUGGAAACCGCAACAGUAGAAACUGCAGCAGCGGAAACUGAAGCAGUGGAAACUGGAGCAAUGGAGACUGCAACAGUGGACACUGCAGCAGUGGAAACCGCAACAGUGGACACUGCAGCAGUGGAAACUGCAGUAGUGGACACUGCAGCAGUGGAAACUGCAACAGUGGACACUGCAGCAGUGAAAACUGCAGGAGUGGAGACUCCAACAGUGGAAACUGCAGGAGUGGAGACUGCAGCAGUGGAAACUGCGGUAGCAGCAGAUGAGUAAGCAGGGGCAGGACGAGAGCAUCGUCGGGGCGAAGAAGAAAUUGGAUGAUACAAGGACCAUCGCAACAUGCAUCGGAACCA